AUGCUGCAGGGAAAGUUUGCACCAUGUGGCAGAUAUACAUUCAUGGCAUCUAUCCAGGAUCCUGAUAAUGUGCACCUGUGUGGAGGUGUAUUGAUUCAUCCUGAGUGGGUAUUGACGGCUGCACAUUGUAUGGACUUCGUGGACAUCCCCCGAAUAGUGGUUGGGGCAUGUAUUCUUGGCGAUGGGAAUGGAGAUGAUUCAGUCGAGAUACACCUACAGCCAGCAGAUAAGGGCAUCAAGAUACACCCCAAUUGGACUGGACGUCUGGAUGACGGGAACGACCUGGCCCUUAUAAAGCUGCCUGAGCCAUCAAAAAUCCAGCCCGUUCAGCUCUUGAAUGACAAUGAUAUCAAAACUGGCAGAUUGUUGGUCGCAGCUGGCUGGGGAGGGCAAGGAUCCAAGUGCUCAAAGAGCAACCACCUCCAACACGCCGACCGUAUGCAAUUUUUGGAACUGGAAACCUGCCGCAAUAUUUGGGCACCUAACAUUUUCAUCCAAGACGCCAUGGUGUGCACCGUGAGCGACCAGAGCGUCUGCAAGGGCGACAGCGGAGGUCCCUUGCUGAUGGCUGAUGCUCCUGGGCAAAAUGUGACUGCUGGAGUGCCUGCUAGAGAUCUUCUAGUUGGCAUCAUAUCAUUUUCCAAUGUCUCUUUGUGUGAGAUGAACAAUCCUGGAGUGUACACAAAAGUGUCCAGCUUCCGUGCCUGGAUCGAUGAGACAAUACAACAGCCGGAGCAGAUAGUGGAGCCCCUUAAACCUGAAGGGUGUCCCCUGGAUCCUGGCACCUGUGGGCAAGCCCCUUCGGAGAAAGAUUGCCAGGAAGUGAAGGAUGCGUUGAGAGCGCCGGACAGUAGCGCCGAACUGGUGUACGCAAGCCUGAAGGACGGCCAGUGCUGCACAUUGGCGUUGUUUCCAUCGGGUUGGACUCUGCUGCAUUAUGCCAGCGAGACCUUCAACACGGAGCCCCAGGUGGUGGAGUGUCUCAUCUUCGGGGACUCUGACGUGAACGCCGCCACGGAGCAAGGGUACACGCCGCUGCACAUCGCUGCACGGUGGGGGAUCGUGCGGGCCAUCAAUGUGCUCAUUGACAAAGGGGCUCACAUCGAAGCUAAGACACCCGUGGAGAUGCGUACUCCUCUUUUCGUCGCUGCUUUCAACGGUAGAUCUGCUGCCGUGGAGGCCCUUGCUGGCGCGGAGGCCGAUGUGAAUGAGCCCGACAUUGCUGGCGUGACGCCCCUUCACGAGGGGGCAACAUAUAAGACCACUGACGUUGUGGACGUGUUGCUGAGCUACAAUGCUAGCAUCAACGCCCAGGAUUCAGAAGGCAAGACGCCGUUGCACGUCGCCGCCACGAAGGUCCACCUGGCCGUCGCCACGCGGCUCGUGGAGGAAGGCGCCAAUGUCACUCUUGCAGAUAACAGAGGAAGAAUUCCAUGUGAAUACAUUUGCAAAAGCGGCUGUGGCGAACGCAAGGUGGAUAUACCAGCCAUGAAAGAACUGUUGGUGUGCUGA